UAUUAUUAUUAUGGUUUUGUGUUGAUCACCUUGUAGGAUAUUCUGGACCACUGAAAGAAAUUCCUCCUGAAAAGUUCAACACUACAUCUGUGCCGAAGUAUUAUCAGUCUCCCUGGAUAGAAGCCAUUAGGGAUGAUCCAGAGCUGCUGGAAGCUUUAUAUCCGAAACUUUUUAAACCUGAAGCAAAGCCGGAACUGCCUGACUACAGAAGCUUUAACAGAGUUGCCACUCCCUUUGGUGGUUUUGAGAGAGCAUCAAAGCUGGUCAAAUUCAAGGUACCUGAUUUUAAUCUACUGAUGCUAAAUGAUCCCAGAUUCAUGAUUCUUGCAAACCCUCUUGCCACCAGAAGAUCCUUCAAUAGGACUCCUAAAGGAUGGACAUCUGAGAAUAUUCCUGUAGUGUUCAUUCAGCCUUCAGAUUCCAACACCGUUCCAGAAACAGAGGACCUGUGAGAGAAGCUGCACUCUACAUCCCACAAAAUGCUGGAAGCUGUACAUCCAUGUAUUUUUGGUCCAAAUGUUAUUAAAGGUUACUGAGAAAAUUUUUCCUUGGCAGCUCGAGUACAAGUAAUAAUGUCUGAUACAGUGUCUCUUUUCUGGCACCAAGUUUCAUCUGUAGACAUAAUAUAAAUAAAGUAAUUUGGCAA